AUGGCAAAGGCACAAACAGUGGAGGAAGAGGCUUCAAAACAACUGCCAGUAACGGAAGAUAACACCAAGAAGAGAUACAAUGAAAGAGAUAUUACGAAGAAUUUUCUCAGAUCAGGCAAGGGAUUUAAAUUACUACUUGAAAUAGGAAGAAAAUACAAAUACACCAACAGCUACAGUAGCUCUUCAGAUGUUCUCAAAGAAAUAGAAUGCCUGAUUGAUAUUUAUUCUACUUGGACAGGGUCGUUUCCUGUUAGAAAAAACUUAAAGAUUUCAAAGUAUGAUUUUCUCAAACAUGUUGAAGACUUUUGCCUUGAAAGAGAAAAUGCCGAGGACCUUGAAAAAAUCGUUGACAAAAGCUUAAUGUAG